UUCCUGUCGAGAGUGGACAGAGCUCCACUUACAGCUAUUCAUUGUUUGUUACAAUUUUUAAAAAAAUGAAGUGUAAGACACAUGCUUCCUGUCAAACAUGGAGCUCCACGCUGCAGCCAGACCCCGACGAGCGAAACGAAAAGAGAGUUCUGCGCAUGCUCGAGUCUCAGUGCGGACAGCCCGGGAGGUGCAGUCGCAGGUUGGAGCUCCUAUGGCCGGAGCUAGGCGCUGUUUCCUGGGGUCAUGGCUGACUGUGGGGGUGUUGUUGGGUCCCCUGUUGUCGGGAGUGUUGACCCUGGAGCCUGUCACCACAGCUAUCGCCAUAGCCGCCGCCUCUGCACUGACCGGGUACCUGACCAGCCCCCGCUUCUACUGCCGUCUGGUGGAGUGCUGUGAGGAGAACGCCUAUAACAGUACAGCUUUUAAGGAAGACUUGGAAAAUAAACUGAUUGGUCAGCACCUGGCCCGUGAUGUCAUCUUCCGAGCAGUCAAAGGGUUUAUGAACACUAAAAACCCCCAGACGCCCCUGGCUCUAUCCCUGCAUGGCUGGACCGGCACCGGCAAGAACUUCAUCAGCAAAAUCAUCACAAAGAACAUUCAUGGGAAGGGGAUGAGCAGCAAAUUUGUCCAUCUUUUUGUGUCAACUUUCCAUUUCCCACACGAAAAAUUAAUUGAUCGAUACAAGGAUCAGAUACAGUCAUGGAUUCGUGGAAACGUCACCAAAUGUCCUCGAUCCAUAUUCAUAUUUGAUGAGAUGGACAAGAUGCAUAAAGGACUUAUUGACACAAUCAAGCCGUUCCUGGACUUUCAUGAGCAGUUAGAUGGCGUGUCGUACCGUAAAGCUAUCUUCAUUUUCCUCAGCAAUGCAGGAGGCGAUGUUAUCAACAGAUUGGUGCUGGGAUCCAAAAAAAGGAGAGAGGAUCUAGAGCUGAAGGAUCUGGAGUCUGUGCUUUCUGUCGAAGUAUUCAACAAAGAUAGUGGCUUUUGGCACAGCAGCCUGAUUGAAAAGAAUUUGAUAGACUUCUUUGUCCCUUUUCUACCGCUGGAGUACAGACAUGUAAAGGAGUGUGUCAUGGCGGAGCUAAGACAUGGCGGCUUAAUGCCUAAUGAAGAGUUGGCAACCCGUGUGGCCAAUGAGAUGACUUAUUUCCCCAAGGAUACUCGAAUGUUCUCAGAUAAAGGCUGUAAAACUGUCGCAAAAAAGCUGACCCUUCAUCUCUAGUCACUGCUGUCUGGUUUAGCCAGCUGCUGGUCAGCGAAGGCACGAUCUUCUCGCUUUAUCCUUGUACUGGGAACUCAAUAUUUGGGUAUUUCAUGAAUGACUGGUGCAUGUUUAGCCAUGCUUCUCAGGUAUUCCCCAGUGCUGCCUCCAUUGGUAACCAUAUGAAGGUGAAAGUAUCCCUUGACUCCCCUUACAAUCCCCCUUCUUUCCUGGUGUAUUUUAGCCUAUCUUGCGUAAACCUACACAUUUUAUGGACGAAUCUUCAUGUUUGCAUAAACCUGAUCCUAAAUGGUUCUCUUGUAAUAUUGACAUUUUGGCCCACCAAAACUCAACUGAUUCAGCCAACAAAUUUUUACGUUCCUUUUGGUUGUAUUGAAAAUGUACAACUAAUAUGUGUCAUCUUGUUUUCUAUACUAAUACUGAUUUGAUAUCAAGGAGCACAAAU